GAGACGUCUUCCACAACGAUGUCCUUCUGUCUGUACGAGUUGGGGUUACACCAGGAACUUCAGGAUCGAGCGCGCCAGGAAGUUACCACCGUUCUGAAGAACCAUGGAAAUUCAAUCUCCUACGAGGCACUGCACGAAAUGAAGUACAUUGAAAAGUGCAUUAACGAAUCACUCCGGAAGUAUCCACCGGCAACAACUCUAAAUAGGAAAGUCACCAAGGAGUACCGCGUACCGUUCGAGUGCAGUUCUCCGGUACUCGCCAAAGGGCUGAACGUGCUGGUUCCGGUGUACGCAAUUCACCACGAUCCCGACUACUACCCCGAACCAGAGCGUUUCGAUCCGGAGCGGUUUUCGGUGGAAGAAUGUGCCAAACGCCAUCCGUUCGCUUUUCUGCCCUUCGGCGAAGGUCCGCGCAAUUGCAUUGGCAUGCGCUUCGGGAUGAUGCAGGCCAGAAUUGGGUUGGUGUAUCUACUGAAGCACUUCCGCUUUUCGCUCGUAUCGCACAAAAUGCGUGUGCCGCUGAAGAUCAACCCCUCCAGCCUCGCCCUGUCCAUCGAGGGUGGACUGUGGUUAAAUGUCGAAAAGUUGUGA